CUUUACUUUUAUAUAAAACACAACUGAUUAAGGAAUUGAUUUAACAGUUUAGUUGACUCAUAUAUAUCAAGGGUGCCAUAUAUAGUUUUGUAAGCUAACAAGAAUGAAUAUAUAAUCGUAAACAAAUGAUUAAUAACAUUUUUAUGUGAGAUGGAUGUGUAUCGUUUUUAAGUUUUUGACACUCAACCGAAAACGGGAAAAUGGAUUAAAAAAAAAAUCGAAACGAAAGUGAUUGUCGGGAAGAUUUGAUUGGCUUCAUAAUCCUUGUCCAAAUUGCUAAUUUACCUAACACUUAAACAAAUAAAGACAGCUUCUUCAUAUAGGGUUCUGAAUCAAACGUCUCACCUAAACCCUAAAUAAAGGAAGAGUACGUACAUACGUGUAUAUAUUUGUAAUCCCCAAAAAACGGUUGUAUAGUGAAAAAGGAUUAUGUGAUUAUAACAAAGAAAAACGAGGUGACACCAAAGAUAGACUCAUUUGAUUAAGAUAGACUACUUAUAGCAUUCAUUACAAUAGUAUAACAUGAUAUCAUGAACACUCAUUAUAUGUGUUCCCAGAUAAAUCAAUAAUUCAUAUAAUUACUACAUUAAUUUUCUUCUUUUUUCAAUUGUCCACUACUAUACAGUUACAUGUGUGGGCUCUAUAGCUCUAGGUCAGAUUGCACACAUCAAAAGUGUCCUUUUUUUCUUUAAACAUCAUUCAAUUUGAAAAAAGGUCACAUGUCCGUCCAAUUCCAUAAAUAGAACUCACACUUCACUUCCCACGACCACAUCAGUUCACAUCUUUAUCAAUUUUUUUACUUUCAUUCUCUUUAUAUAUUCUCUCUAGGCCAUAUACAGAGAAUAUACAUGGAUCCGUCCAUCAAAGGAGAUCAAGAAAUGUUAAAAAUCAAGAAACAAGGUCAUCAAGAUCUUGAGUUGGGUUUGACCCUUUUGCCACGUGGAACCACGACUUCGUCAGAGCUCAAUCUCAUCGAUUCUUUUAAAACCAGCUCAUCGUCGACUUCUCAUCAUCAUCAACAGCAAGAACAUUUGGCAGAUCCGAGAGUGUUCUCUUGCAACUAUUGUCAAAGAAAGUUCUAUAGCUCACAAGCACUAGGCGGCCACCAAAACGCUCAUAAACGCGAGCGCACCUUGGCCAAACGUGGACAGUAUUACAAGAUGACUCUCUCCUCCUUGCCUUCUUCAGCGUUUGCGUUUGGCCACGGUUCAGUCAGCAGAUUCGCAAGCAUGGCAUCGUUACCAUUACAUGGCUCGGUGAAUAACAGGUCGACGUUAGGGAUUCAAGCUCAUUCAACGAUCCAUAAGCCCUUUUUAGGAAGACAUACGGCGAGUUUAAGCCAUAUUUUCAAACAGAGCAUUAACCAGAAACCGACCAUCGGAAAGAUGUUGCCGGAGAAAUUUCACCUUGAAGUCGCCGGCAGUGAUAACAGUAAGAUGAUUGGACAUUUCAAGAGAAAUCAAGAAGACCAUAAUCAGUUUAAGAAGAUUGACUUGACUCUUAAGCUAUGAGCUCUUAAAUUGUCAUCUUCUUUUUAGUCUUCAUUAUAACUUUUUUUUUAUUCUCAUAUUUGUUUGAUAUAAUGAUUGACGGCAGGGUGUGUUAGAGUUUCACUAAUCAAGUUGUACUUUUUAUAUAUUCCAUUGAUGCC